AAAAUUCAUCACCGGCUUUCAGAUCACUUUCGUUAUCUGAGAGGGAUUCUCUCGCACUGAGAAGAGGACACAAAGGAACAACAAAUCGUCAAGUCACUCUGACUAAAAGCGCCCACCAUGUCCAGACCAAAUAUGGUGGGGAGGACAAACCCCCCUGAGACACUGACUGACGAAGAAUUUCGUCGUUCUCAGUUCGAAAGGUUGAAAGAGGACAUCGAUCGCGCAAGAAAGGAAAGAGCUCCCCCACCUUCAAGGCUUGGUCCGCGUCCCAUUUUGGUUCAAGGUGUUGAACUGUAUGCUCGGGAGAAUGCCAAACUGCACAACACAAACCAGUAUGAACUCCUGGAGAAUAAAGACCCAUCGCUGAUUUUGCGAAGAGGACAGACAUUCUACAUGGCAAUACGUUUUAAAAACACUUUCAAUCCUCAGACAGACACAGUUAGACUACAUUUUGAAUUCGGUCCUCCACCAUACCUGAUCCAAAAAGGCAAUUUAAUAAGUUUGCCAAUUACGAAUGUUUCCUCUUUCACACGAGAGAGACAGAUGUGGGACGUCAGAACUCACCAACACGAAGGAGCCGUCAUCACCAUCGACGUCCAGAUCUCUGGAAGCGCCCCCGUCGGAGUAUGGAAGAUGAAAAUCUACUCUUACAUCACCGGGGACCUUAGCAUACAGCCAGAGGUCUAUGAAAUUCCUCAGAAUGUGUAUAUUCUAUUUAACCCUUGGAGUAAAGAAGACACUGUUUUCUUGGACAAAGAAGAUGCCAGGAGGGAGUACGUUUUGAACGAUGUUGGAAAAAUAUUCGUUGGAACACAGAAGGAACCGAGAGGAAGAAGAUGGAUUUACGGACAGUUUGCUGACUCUGUGUUACCAGCUGCCAUGUUAAUGCUUAACCAUUCAAAACUCGACUAUGUUGGAAGAGCUAGUCCAAUUUUGGUAUCAAGAUCCAUCUCAAAAUUGGUCAACAGUGAAAAUGACGACAAAGGCAUCGUGGUUGGGAACUGGUCUGGAAUGUACGACGAUGGCAAGGCUCCCUGGAUGUGGACUGGAAGUGCGGCCAUCAUGGAUGAGUACUUCAAAAAUGGGGGAGAACAAUCUGUGAAGUACGGACAAUGCUGGGUUUUUGCAGGAGUAGCCACAACUGUUUGCAGAACCUUGGGCAUACCUUGCAGAACGGUGACAAAUUUCGUCUCCGCGCACGACACAGAUCGCAGUCUCACAGUCGACAAAUAUUUCGAUGCAGAAGGAGAAAAAAUUGAAGGUGUCAGUAACGAUUCCAUUUGGAACUUUCACGUGUGGAAUGACGUAUGGAUGUCGCGUCCUGAUUUGCCGGUGGGAUAUGGAGGCUGGCAAUCGAUAGAUUCCACCCCACAAGAAACGAGUCACAAUGUGUUCCAAAUGGGGCCCGCCUCAGUGGAAGCCGUACGGCGGGGCCAAGUAGGUUUCGAUUUCGAUUGUCCAUUCGUGUUUGCAGAGGUAAAUGCCGAUAUCAUCAAGUGGACAAGGGACGAAACUGUGGUAGGCGGAUGGAGGAAAGCGGCGAGCGACAAAUACAAAAUUGGACAAUUCAUGCUGACAAAGAAAAUUGGUGUUGACGAUGAAAAUGGAGAUACUGAUGCUGAAAAUAUUGUCAGUGAAUACAAAGAUCAAGAAGGAACGGUGGAGGAAAGGAUGGCCGUAUUGAACGCAGCGCGAUACGGCGUCGCCCCCAGCAUCAGAUACGCAGUGUACGACAUGCCCACACCAGAAGCAGAGGACGUGACGUUCGAUCUGGAAGAGAUCGAACAGAUCAUGAUCGGACAACCUUUCAAAGUGACGGUGAAGGUGCGAAACAAGAACAAGUCGGAGAUGAGGACCGUGGGGGCGGUCCUGUCUGCAAGCACCGUUUACUACACUGGCAUCUUGGCCCGGAAAGUCACAAGACAAAGAGGGAAUUUUACUCUAAAACCUAACCAGUCCGAAACGUUAUCUAUAACAGUAACACCUGACGAUUAUUUAGACAAACUGGUUGAUUACGCCAUGAUGAAAAUCUACGCUAUUGCCACUGUACAAGAGACACAACAAACGUGGGCGGAAGAAGACGAUUUUACUGUUCAAAAGCCAAAGCUCAGAUUAGAGUGUCCGGAUACCUUGAAGGUUGGAAAUGAAUUUCAGCUCGUGAUUCGUCUCACAAAUCCUUUGAAUCGUCAUUUAACAGAUUGCCUAUUCACUUUGGAAGGCCCCGGCCUAAGCGGCCCGUAUAGAGUAAAAUUUAGGGAUAUUGCGCCUUUGGAGUCCAUCGUUCACUUUGAACGUUUAGUCCCACAUCGACCCGGUAGCAGGGUCAUCAUGGUGAAUUUCAGUUCCAGACAACUGAUCGAAGUUCUAGGUUCCAAGAGAGUGAAUGUACUGCCUUAAAGUUCAAGAAAUAUCUUUCUUAUAUGAACUCUUAAUUGGCUUGUUCGUUUUCCGAUGAGCAGUAACAUAUACUUUCUCUAUUUAAGCAGUAGAAUUUGAGUUUUAUUGUAAAAAAACAGGCUCGGUCGGUUGGUUUUAUCCAAGAAUGAAAAUUGGGCAAUAUCUUUCAUUUUUAUCAACAGUAUCUAUGGCUGCAGAUGAAGCCUAGAACGUAUAACUCUUGUUGACUAUUGAAAAAUUAAUACAAAUAAAUUUUGAAGAUUCAUUAAUUUCAUCAGCGUUAACGUGAAAACAAAAUUUUCAGUAUUAUAUGUAUGUAGUAAGCAAUCUCCGAGAUAGUUAGUUAGUUGGCUCCUAGAUGCCGCCACUAAAAUAAUUUCGCCCAGUGGUUUCCAAACUUCUAACACUGUCCGUUUUCUACAAGAAGGCACUUGACUCCUCCCUCGUCACGUGAUAUCCGAUGAUUCUAUUUCGCUGUUUUCGGCAGAAGGUAUAUUCGGAUCACAGCAUUUUGUUGUAAAAGUAGCAGUUUUUAAAAUGUUAGAAUGACUAAAAUGACAACAGACAAGUGAAGCAAGUGAUGUAAAGGACACUAAGACUUUUUUGCACAUUAAAAUGCACGCCCAAGUUAAGGAUGUCUGGUUUUGUCUCCUUUAGAAGUACGCGGAUUGCUUACCGAUCACCCCCGCGAAAAAUGGAACUCUGUGUUCCAGGAGGCGUGGUGAAGUGCCUUUUCGUAAAAAACGAACAAUACCUGCGCUCUCCCUGUUUUCGUAAGGAAAUAGUUCUGCUCCUUUUUCAAUUUUUGUAAUGAUCUAAUUUCAUAAAUGCUAUCCUGGUUUUUCAACUUAGUUAAUGGCUUAAAAAAACAGUACUUAAUUUUAUGUGAAGUAGUUUUUUAUCCACCAAACAUAUUAUUUAUUAUUAUAUUGUUUUUUGAAUAUACGUUAAUGUAUAUUGCAUUUUGAUACCACGUAUACCCUUUCAAAUAAAUCUUUUAUUAAUUUAAGAUAUUUUUUUUUAAAAAUGCACAUUACGGCUAAAUUUUGGGGCUGAUUUUUACCAGUGUUGACAGAAAAGGCUUUUCAAAUACAAAAGUGAAGAACUCUCUUACAAUUUGAAGUUUUAUUUGUGCCAAUAUAUGAAAUGUGAUUGUCUUGAUGUUGUAACCUAUACAUAUAAUAUUUUAUAAUUGUAGCAACGAAUAAAGUUUUAUACUUUUG